AUUCCCAGAGUUUCCUGGACAGUAGUAUGAACCAGACUCCAGUGUCGUCGGAAGGACAGCAGUUCCGCUCUGAAGUGUCCGUCACUACCGCUUCCUGUCAGAGAAUGUUCGGAUCCAUGCGCUCUGUAUCGUCAGGCAGCUCCUUCCCUCACACAGACAGCCAAACUCCACCUCCAGUGUGGCUGGACAGGACUCCUACGUCCCUGUCUUCCCCAUCCGCUUCCCCCUCUCUGUUACCUCUCAGCCUCCCCAAUGCCCACAGCUCUCCCUGGGAGGCCCCGGGGGGCCUGGAGGGGUCUGAGGACCUGAGCUGUGAUGAGAGGAACAAGGGGUACCAGAGCCAGGGGGAUUUAGCCUCUCUGCUGUUGGGGAAUGGAGGUCUGGGACUGGAGCACAGCCUGUUGAAGGCAGUGGAGGGGCUGGGGGGCCUUGAUUUAGGCCUGAACCUGGGUCUGGACCUGGGGCUUGGAGAGGGCAGACUGGGGGAACUACCACCCCUGCUGCCUGAGAAGAGGGUACCGGGGCUAGGCUUGGGUGGGUCGACAUCCCCCUCGUUCAGUGGGUUCUCCAGCCCCCAUAGUGGUAGUAGUCUCAGCAUCCCCUUCCCCUCAGCCAUGACCCCUGACCCUCUCAUGACCUCUGACCAUCUCAAAGGACUCAGCGCUGGUGGUGUAGCCCCCUCGCCUGGAUCAGACCUGUUUGCCAGUAAGCAGCACACUGUGAAGUUUGUCCAGGACACAUCCAAGUUCUGGUACAAGCCUGACAUCUCCAGAGAUCAAGCUAUCACUAUGCUGAAGGACAGAGAACCUGGAUCUUUUGUCGUCAGGGACAGUCACUCGUUCCGCGGAGCCUACGGAUUGGCUAUGAAGGUGGCCACACCCCCUCCCUCUGUCCUGACACAGAGCAAGAAAGUGGGAGGGGACCUGUCUAAUGAGCUGGUGAGGCACUUCCUGAUUGAGUGCACUCAGAAAGGGGUACGGCUUAAGGGCUGCCCCAACGAACCCUACUUUGGAAGUCUGACUGCAUUGGUCUGUCAACAUUCCAUCACCCCCUUGGCCCUGCCCUGCAAACUCAUCAUCCCCGACAGAGAUCCUCCUGGAAGAGACUAG